UUGGGAUAGAACAGAGGCUGAAGUGGUAUGUAGACAACUUGGUUUCCCAGGUGUCGUCACGGCUUUAAAAUAUUCACCAUUUGGGGAAGGAUCUGGACCAGUCUUGAUGUCUAACGUACGUUGCAUAGGAAAUGAAAAGACUUUAAAACAAUGUCAGUACAAUGACUGGCUUAAGACUUAUAUCAAUCGAAACAGUGAGGCAGGUGUGAUAUGCAAGACCCCUGAAGUCAAUACUGAUGUACGCGAUAUUUCAAUUCGCCUUCAAGGAUCUUCAAUUCCUAAUGCUGGUCGAGUAGAGGUGCUGUACGCAGAAAUUUGGGGAGCAAUCAGUGGAACAAACUGGGAUAUAAACGACGCAACAGUGGUGUGUCGCCAGCUUGGUUACCAAGCUGGUGCAGAAGUGGCUUUGGCAAAUGGUGUGUAUGGGCCGGUCAGCGGUCCUGUGUGGAUAACUAAUCUUCAAUGCUUUGGAAGUGAAGCUAACUUAAUGAGCUGCUCUCAUGAUGCCAUUGGUAACAAGUCUGAAACACAAAAUCGGCGAAACGUUGCUAGUGUCAUAUGCAAGAAUCUGUCCCACGCGAAUGGAAUGCUGGUUAGGCUACGGGGAUCUCCUUCCCCAAAUAUGGGACGAGUCGAGGUGUAUUAUGGAGGAAAGUGGGGUUUGAUUUACCUCUCCAGCUGGGAUAUCAAUGAUGCAACAGUAGUCUGCCGGCAGUUAGGAUAUACCACAGCAUUAAUGGCAGGAUACCGUUUAUUUUGCUCUGCUACUUUGCCAGUUUUGUUCCAAAACUUCAG